AUGUCAAUGAAGGAAGAUUACUACGACUAUCUGUUUAAAAGUAAAACGUGCAUACAUGGAACUAUACUUGUUCUUAUAGGAGAUUCCGGCGUGGGGAAAUCAAACUUACUCUCCAGAUUCACGAGAGAUGAAUUUAACCUAGAAAGUAAAAGCACCAUAGGUGUAGAAUUCGCGACAAAAAGCAUUCAGUUAAAAAAUAAUAAAAUAAUAAAAGCACAGAUAUGGGACACAGCUGGGCAGGAGAGAUAUAGAGCCAUCACCUCAGCGUAUUAUCGAGGGGCAGUUGGGGCCUUGCUUGUGUACGACAUAACAAAAAAAAACUCAUUCGAAAAUAUUGAAAAGUGGCUGAAGGAGUUACGAGAUAAUGCUGAUUCUAACAUUGUUAUCCUGCUGGUUGGUAACAAAAGUGACUUAAAACAUUUACGUGUAAUAAACGAUAAUGAAGCAACUCAGUUUGCAAAGAAAGAAAAAUUGGCCUUCAUAGAGACCUCUGCUCUGGAAGCCACCAACGUGGAACUAGCAUUUCACCAGUUACUGAAUGAAAUUUAUAACGUGCGACAGAAAAAACAAGGGACAAAAAAUGAAGACAGCAUGUCCAUCCAACCUCGCGGGAAAAAAAUAAAUGUGGACGACGAUAAUGACGAGAAUGAUUCAAAGAAAAAAUCCAAGUGUUGUUAA